GGAACGAAUUUUGUUUAUGCUUUUCGUUUGUACGUGCCGGUACUAUUCUUGUGUUGGAGUGUUCUUUCGUUCAAAAUGGGUACGUCAAGUUUUGGUAAGCGUCGUAACAAGGCGCACACCUUGUGCAGAAGAUGUGGACGUAGUUCAUAUCACAUCCAAAAGUCGCAAUGUGCUCAGUGCGGCUAUCCAUCUCAAAAGAUGCGUUCCUAUAACUGGUCGAUCAAGGCAAAGAGAAGAAGAACCACUGGUACUGGACGUGUACAGCAUCUUAAAGUUGUCUGCCGCAAAUUUAAGAAUGGAUUCUGGGAAGGUUUACCUAAACAGAAAGCUGUUGCAGCUAAGUAAUAAAUCUUAUUCUUUAAUUAAAUUGUACAGUUUACAAUUAUGAAUAAAAGAUCUAGAUAGUUUCCAAUUACAA